CUCCAGUUUUCAAUUCGCUAUCGCGUUAGGGGCGGGAUUUGGGCGCCUUCAGAUUGCAUCAGCUGAAUCCUCCUGGUCCGCGUGGCGCAGGCGCCGCCCAGGCCUCCGCUAGUUCCCGGAUGGUCCUUGUCUUCUUUUCAUUGUUCUCAGGUGUUUGAGAAGGCCAGCAUCUACUUUGAAGAAGAUGGGAGGCGAAGAGAAGCCGGUAGAUGCUGGUGAGGAAAAGCGAAAGGAAGGAGGCAAGAAGAAGAACAAGGAAGGAUCUGGAGAUGGAGGCCGAGCAGAGUUGAAUCCUUGGCCUGAAUAUAUUAACACACGACUUGAGAUGUAUAAUAAUCUAAAAGCAGAACAUGAUUCCAUUCUAGCAGAAAAGGCAGAGAAACAUAGCAAGCCAAUUAAAGUCACCCUGCCUGAUGGUAAACAGGUCGAUGCAGAAUCCUGGAAAACUACACCUUAUCAAGUUGCUUGUGGAAUUAGUCAAGGCCUGGCCGAUAACACAGUUAUUGCAAAAGUGAACAAAGUUGUUUGGGACCUAGACCGCCCUUUAGAGGAAGACUGUACCUUAGAGCUUCUUAAAUUUGAGGAUGAGGAGGCUCAAGCAGUUUAUUGGCACUCAAGUGCUCAUAUCAUGGGUGAAGCCAUGGAGAGAGUUUACGGUGGAUGUUUAUGUUAUGGUCCACCAAUAGAAAGUGGCUUCUACUAUGACAUGUACCUUGAAGACGGAGGUGUGUCCAGCAAUGAUUUCUCGUCUUUGGAGACUUUAUGUAAGAAAAUCAUUAAAGAAAAACAAACUUUUGAAAGAUUGGAAGUAAAGAAAGAAACUCUAUUGGAAAUGUUUAAGUACAACAAGUUUAAAUGCCGGAUAUUGAAUGAAAAAGUAAAUACCCCAACUACAACAGUUUAUAGGUGUGGCCCCUUGAUAGAUCUCUGCCGGGGACCUCAUGUCAGACACACUGGCAAAAUUAAGACUUUAAAAAUACACAAAAAUUCCUCCACGUACUGGGAAGGCAGAGCAGAUAUGGAGACUCUCCAGAGAAUUUAUGGCAUUUCAUUUCCCGAUCCCAAAAUGUUGAAAGAGUGGGAAAAGUUCCAAGAGGAAGCUAAACACCGAGAUCAUAGGAAAAUCGGGAGAGACCAAGAACUAUAUUUCUUCCAUGAACUUAGCCCUGGAAGUUGCUUCUUUUUGCCUAAGGGGGCCUAUAUUUAUAAUACACUCAUGGAAUUCAUUAGGAGUGAAUAUAGGAAAAGAGGAUUCCAGGAGGUAGUCACUCCCAACAUCUACAACAGCCGACUCUGGAUGACCUCUGGCCACUGGCAGCACUACAGCGAGAACAUGUUCUCCUUUGAGGUGGAGAAGGAGGUUUUUGCUCUUAAGCCCAUGAACUGCCCAGGACACUGCCUUAUGUUUGAUCAUCGGCCAAGAUCCUGGCGAGAGUUGCCUCUUCGGAUAGCUGAUUUUGGGGUACUGCAUAGGAAUGAGCUGUCGGGAGCACUGACAGGACUCACCCGGGUACGAAGAUUCCAGCAGGAUGAUGCACAUAUAUUCUGUGCUAUAGAGCAGAUUGAAGAUGAGAUAAAAGGCUGUUUGAACUUUCUCCAUACAGUGUAUAAUGUAUUUGGAUUUUCUUUUAAACUGAACCUUUCUACUCGCCCAGAAAAAUUCCUUGGUGAUAUUGAAAUAUGGAACCAAGCUGAGAAGCAACUGGAAAACAGUCUGAAUGAAUUUGGUCAAAAGUGGGAGUUAAAUCCUGGUGACGGAGCUUUCUAUGGUCCAAAGAUUGACAUACAGAUAAAAGAUGCAAUUGGUCGCUACCACCAGUGUGCAACAAUCCAACUGGAUUUUCAGUUGCCUAUCAGGUUUAAUCUGACUUUUGUAAGCCACGAUGGUGAUGAUAAGAAAAGACCAGUGAUUAUUCAUCGAGCCAUCUUGGGAUCACUGGAAAGAAUGAUUGCUAUUGUCACUGAAAACUAUGGGGGCAAAUGGCCUUUCUGGCUGUCCCCUCGCCAGGUAAUGGUAGUUCCAGUGGGACCAACAUGUGAUGAAUAUGCCCAAAAGGUACAGCAACAAUUCCAUGAUGCUAAAUUCAUGGCAGACAUUGAUCUGGAUCCAGGCUGCACACUGAACAAGAAGAUCAGGAAUGCACAGUUAGCACAGUAUAACUUCAUCCUAGUUGUUGGUGAAAAAGAGAAGGCCAGUGGCAAUGUUAAUAUCCGUACAAGAGACAAUAAGGUCCAUGGGGAGCGCACUAUUUUGGAAACCAUUGAACGCCUGCAGCAGCUCAAGCAGUCCCGCAGCAAACAGGCAGAAGAAGAAUUUUAACAGAGACCUUUGCCCAAACUUGCUCAGUGGGAAAGGACGAGCCGCGUUUGCAUGACAUGAAGCUUGUAUUCUGGGCAGCAUCAUUUUAUACUGAACUUGGAAUAGUUCCGCAAAAUCUUCAUGGAUGACUGUGCGAUCAAUUUUUUUUGACCUAGACAUAUUUUUAGACAAUGUGUGUUUGAUGGAGUUAACCAUUCAAAUUAUCUUAUUAUCUGAGAAAUGGAAAUAAAGCAUGCAUAAUGCUUUUAGUGUAAUGUGGGAGCCGUUUUUAUAAAUUUAAUCGAUUGAAAAAUAAAACUUUCCAAGUUUGAUAAAGAUAAAAGGAGAACUACAAUUAGAUUAUGG